AUGAAUGCUCAGCAACAAAAAGGCAUCAGGGGACUCGCUAGAGAUGGACCGUCAAAAAUUCCAGUAAAACCAAAACCUGGCCCCCCUCUGCUUCACAAGGAAAACCUUGCAACAGGUUCCUCGCUCCAUCCUCCAAAACAUUCUUUUGCAUCAUCAUCUUCUAAUUCUUCUUCUUCCUUGUCUUCGGGAAAUACAAUGUCAACAACAAAUUUACACAGUGAUUCUUCGGCUCUACCACAGCCUACAACUGCAUUUCUUGCACGCGCACAUAACCCAACAACAUCUACACCUUUUAGAUCCCAUCGCAUUUACGCUGCUCGUAAAACACUGAGCUCUGAACCUUACAUUGUGCCCUCUGCUCGACGAGCAACUAGCACACACAACCCUACGGAGCGCAGCGAGCUUCUUGAGUACCAGAAAGAACGCAUCACGCAGCUCACCAAUGAGUCACAGGAACUCAAAACUCUGAUUAAAGAGCUUGAGUUGGCUAAACAGCAAUCGGUAGAUACCAUUAGCGACUACAAAGAAGUCAAUACCAAGUUGGAUCAUGAGCUGCGGCUUGUCAAAAACAAUCACACGCAUGAACUUGAGAUGGAGCGCCAUAAGAUGGAUAUCCAAAAAAGAGACGAAAUUGAAGCUCUCAAAGAACAACAUCGUAAAGAACUUGAGGCUGCACUUGCUCAGCAACGAGAACAGUUUCAAACCACUGAAAUGACACUCAAAAAGGAAGCUCAAGAUGCUAAGAAUCAACUAGCCGAAGAAGAAUCUCACCAUGCUACUGAAAUGGCUAAUAUUAUUGAAGAAUUCUCUCUUAAAAUGGAAAUCCGAGUUUCCGAAACAAAGGCUCAGCAUGCCAAACAAAUGACUCAGUUGAUUGAAGAAAAGGAUAACUUAGCCAAUGAUCUCACAAACCUUAAGAAAGAGCAUUCUUCUACUCUUGAGCAAUUGAAUACCACCCAGCAUAAAUUAUCGGAAACAACACUCAGAUGUGAACAUCUCCAAAAAACAGCAGAUCAAUAUGAAAGACAAAGCGGUGCUCUCCAAAAUAACAUUUCGCAAUACGAAUCUUCAGUCGAAGGUUUGCAAAAACAACUCGCCAUGCGAAAUGCAGAAACUCAAGAACUGCGUUCUCGACUCAUUAAUGAGGAAUCGCUACGACGGCGAUUACACAACAAACUGCAAGAUCUUAAAGGAAACAUUAGAGUGUACUGCCGACCGCGACCACUGGGACCACAGGAAAUAGCAUCUGCAUGUAGUGCCAUGGAACUGGCAUUCCCAGACCAAGCAUCAGAAGGGCAGCAACUAGAUGUGACGUGCACAUACCAGGAUACCUUUACAGGUGUGCAAACACCCCGCACGCAGCAUUUUGAGUUUGACAAGGUAUUUACUCCCAAUGCAUCCAAUCACAAUGUAUUUUUAGAGAUCUCUGAGCUGGUGCAGUCUGCACUUGACGGAUAUAAUGUAUGCAUUUUUGCCUACGGACAAACAGGUUCUGGCAAAACUUACACAAUGCUUUCUCCUGAAGAUGGUAUGAUUCCGUUAACAAUUGACCAGAUUUUUAAGACUGCAGAUUUGAUGAAAAAAACCGGAUGGUCGUACGAGUUUUCAGGAGAGUUUUUAGAAAUUUACAAUGAAACAAUCCAUGAUUUACUUGCUACCACCCAACCACCCAAACUACAUAUCAAACAUUUCCCGGAAGAACAAAAAACAUUGGUGGAAGGUCUUACUCAAGUCAGCUUGAAUAACCCGGGACAAGUGCACGGGGUACUGCGGCAAGCUGCACGAACCCGAGCGACAGCAGCAACCAAUGCCAACGAGCGGUCAUCGCGAUCUCACUCUGUGUUUGUGUUGCGACUGGCAGGACGCAACAGCAUUACGGGGGAAACUCGAGCAGGAGUAUUAAACUUAAUUGAUUUGGCAGGAAGUGAACGGUUGUCAAGCUCGCAAACAUCAGGCGAACGACUCAAAGAAACUCAAGCAAUUAACAAAAGCUUAAGCUCGCUAGUAGAUGUGGUUACUGCACUGGGGUCUGGGCAACAACAACAACAACAACACAUUCCAUUUAGAAACUCGAAACUUACACACCUGCUGCAGUACUCGCUCUCGGGGACUUCAAAGACACUGAUGCUGGUCAACGUGUCGUCUAACAAGCAGCACGAAAACGAGACACUAAACUCACUGCGGUUUGCUACCAAGGUGAACCACACUAGACUGCGCCGAUGA